AUGAUCAGGCAGUGGCAUGAGCAUAUUCAAUGGCACCAGGCCCAACUGCGGCGUCUGCUGCACUCGGGACGCGGGAGCACUCGCCUCGCUUCUACGCCCCUUUUAGUGGCUGUCAAGCGUGGGAGCAUACUGAAAACCAGUCCGCACGUCUUAUUCGCGAGGAGCAACUGUCGCAGCAUCCGCAUCCCACCAAUCCUCUUGCCUCCGGUGGUCUUCGCUGGGCUGCUGGUGGCUCUGUGGAUAUGGUAUUGUGUGAUGAUGGUGGUCUUUCAGAACAAGAUCAUCUACAUGCCGGGGCUACCUCCAACCUCGCGGCGUGAGCGGAUCGCGGACUGGGAGGGCCUGUGCGGAGGGAUUCGGUGGACUCGGAAGGAAACGGUGGCUGUGGACGGAACAAAGCUUGCCAUGGCCGUGACCACCGUCUCAUUAACCAAAGGAAACCGUCCGAGGGCUCCAGCACCAGAGAAGCCGGCCGCUGCGCAUGUCUAUGUCCUCUACUUCCACGGAAACGCAUCGUCAAUACCACCACGGCUGCCUGGCUUGUCGUGGGUUCUAAGGGCCAUCACCGACAGCAAGACAAAUGAGCUGCCACCGAUGCAGUUGAUGUUCGUUUGUUUGAGUUAUAGGGGUUACUGGACCUCACGUGGCCGGCCGUCCGAGCCUGGUCUCCGGCUCGAUGCCGAGGCCGGCGUGCGGUGGAUUGCCGAACGCCAUGAGCGCGAGUUCGGCAAGGACGGCAGCACCGCACCCAUUCUGCUCGUCUGGGGUCAGAGCAUUGGCUCCGGGGUGGCAACGAAUCUCGCUGCGACCGGACGGAUUCCAUCAAGCGUGCCCAUCAGAGGGUUGCUUCUCGAAACCCCGUUUGUGUCCAUCAAAGCCAUGCUAGAGGCACUGUAUCCGCAAAAGUGGUUACCAUACAAGUACCUCUGGCCGUUUCUCCGGAACCAUCUGGACAGUUGGGCGAACUUGGGCCUGAUUGCUCAGGCAUGCAGGGAGAGGGGGCAGACACCGCCCAUGGUCUAUAUCCUCGAGGCCGAAAGGGACGAGCUUGUGCCAAAGGAACAGAGCGAGCGUCUUUACCAGAGGUGCGUGGACCUCGGCUUGCCCACCGAGAAGGGGGUUGUGCCUGUGGCAUACCACCAGCAGGCGAUCGCCAGAGGGGACGGCAAAAAGUUAGCUGCCCAAGCCAUCACCAAAUUGACCCAGAGAGCCCUCGGCGGCGGCGAUUGA